GGGCGUUGGAGAGGGAGAGGGAGAGAGAGAGAAUGAGAGAGUGAGAGAGAGUGAGUGAAAAGAAACCGAAUGUAGAAAGUGCAAGUAACAUGACAGUUUACUCCACUUUCUGGAAACUUGAAAACAUAACCUGAAAGCUGAAACUAUAACUUCGCCUGUUAGUAUAUAUUGCUGGAGACACUUUAAAACGCAUAAAAAAAAAGAUUGCGAAAAAUUUACUUAUUUAAAACUGUAUGAAUUAUAUGUAAUGUGUGUGACAAACAUAGCAGUUAAAACUGCAGGCACGUGACUGACAAGUGAUAUUAUAGAAAAGUACUAGGUCUAUACUAAAAAUCGGUAUUAAAUUUUUUAUUAGCAGAAUUUAUUGCUUAUGAACAAAAAUAUUUGACAUUUAUGUCGGUUGUCAAUCUUUCUAUAAUCUCGCAAUUCUAAUACAGUAGUCGCAAUCAUGUCAAGCACAAAGGAAGUGACAGAGUUACAAGCAUUCAAAACAGUCUUAUAUCAUAGUAUAAUAAUACUCGCAUUACCAGUGAUAGCGUUCUUUACAAGCAAGGUUUUCCUCUUUGAUGGUAUAUUUGGUCUCAACAAUGUGCCAAGUAAUGUAUACUCGGCUGGUGUUGCAGUAAUAGUGUUACAUAUUGCCUUAGGAGCAUUUAUAUACAAAGCAUAUUUUGAUGAUCGAUCAAAAACAUCAGCAGUCAAGAUAGAUUAAUCCUUUAUUAUUAAGUACACCUUGGUGACCAUACAUUUAUGACAUAAUCACAGUCAACAUAUUUGUUUUGGAUAGCAUUAAAGUGAAAUUUUGAUAUGCUGAUACUACAGCAUCUGUUAAUAUGAUUUUUCCUCACUCUUGUUACAAUUUAAUUCUUGACAAUUGCUAUUUAAUUAUUAUGCUAUUAGCAAAAUUGAUAAACAAUAUGCUAAUACAUGCAAUAUAUGUAUUUAUGUAAAAGCGAAAAUGCCACACAGAAAAAAUUUUAUGUUCUAAAAUUCUUUCAAUAUUACACAAUGUUCGCAAUGUGUAUUUCAAAUAUACCGUUUGAUGUUCACACAAUUGUUAAACUAUCACAUAUAUAUUUCCACCUGUGUGAACAAAAAUACAAUAUAAUCAUGUGAUGGAUUUGAUACGAUUCUUUGCUAAUAAAGUAUAAAUUAUUAUCAUUUAUGCAAUUUCAAUCUUUGAAAUAAUGUGACUAUAGCAAUACAAAGGAUUACAAUAAUUUGUGUAGUCUUAAAUUAAAGAACAAGAUAGAUGCCCAUAUUUCUCCCUUUAUAUAGUGAGGGGUCAGAGAUCGAUAUUUAUAUUAUAUUAUAUUAUGUAAUCAGAAUUCAUAAUUUUAUAAAUUUUGAAGACAUUUAUUGCAUUUCAAUGUAACACAAAUGCAUUAUAAAUAUUGAUUAUUGAAAUAAUAAAUAUCGACUAUGUAAUUAACACAAUUAUUAAAAUGAUAAUCAUAACAUUGUGAGAAGAAAAAAA